CUGUGAUGGACAACGAGCCGUUGCCUGCCCAACGCUCUGCGCAUGGGCACCGAUGGAUUGCAUUCCUGUCGCGUCUCCUCUUCUUUUGAGUCGUCGCGCUUUCUUGCCGCCUGGCCACGCCGCAAUCGACACCGUCAGAUGGGGCAGACCUGAGGCGCGAGCCGAGACACGAUGGGAGCGUGGAAAGACUUGCUCAACACGCCGUCGAUGGGUGACAAGGGCAGCUACUUGCCCCUCAGCAGCAUGACAUUGCCGACGUCGAUGCAAGAUCGGCUGGGGAACUGGCAGGGUUGGCAAGAAACCCUGAAGGCGAGAAGUGUACGGCUCCUACUGGCUGUAGUGACCGUGCUCCUGCUUGUGCUCGGGUUCUCGAGCCUGUCAGCGACAAACUCGCGCCUGAGCGCAGACCGCUGGGUACCGUCCUGGCUGUCAGGCAACGAUACGUCGCCUUAUCGGUACCUGGAAGAGGCCAACAUUGAGCCCAGCUUCGUGCUCAGCAACGAUGGAAUGUACUAUCCCCCCGAGAUGAACUUCAUGUCGCUCAACAAGUACAAGCGAGCGAACGCCGGCUUCGUCUCGCUCGUCCGCAAUUCAGAGCUCGAGUCGUUUGGCGACAGCAUGACACAGGUCGAGAAGGCCUUCAAUCGCAAGUUCGGGUACCCUUGGUACCUCUUCAACGACCAGCCUUUCUCAGAGGACUUCAAGGCAGGCGUACGACUGCGCACGAGAGCGCCCGUCUUUUUCGAGCAGAUACCCCGCGACUAUUGGAGCUAUCCUGCCUGGGUCGAUCAAACGCGAGCAGCAGACGAGAGGCGCAAGAUGGGUGAAGCGGGCAUCAUCUACGGCGAUAGCGAGCCUUACCGUCAUAUGUGUCGCUUCAAUAGCGGCUUCUUCUACCGCAUGCCAGCGAUACAGCACCUCGACUACUACUGGAGGGUCGAGCCAGGCAUCCAGAUUGCUUGCGAUCUCGAUUAUGACCCCUUCCUGUUCAUGGAGCGCAACAAUAUUACAUAUGGCUUCACGAUCAGCAUCCAUGAAUACCGAGCUACGAUACCCACUCUCUGGACCACAACGCAGGACUUUUUCCGCGAGCAUCCAGACUAUCUCGCUCCCGACAAUUCCGCCCAUUUCAUCGUCGACACGGCCAGCAAGUCGAUACUAGAACAGGACUACAACAACUGCCACUUCUGGAGCAAUUUCGAGAUAGCCGACGCCAGAUUCUAUCGGUCGAAAGAAUACUCUGACUAUUUCGACUAUCUCGACAAGACUGGCAACUUCUUCUACGAAAGAUGGGGGGAUGCACCCGUACAUAGCAUAGCUGCAGCGUUGCUGCUACCAAAGCAGAGAAUACAUCAUUUCAACGACAUCGCAUACUAUCACGGUCCGUGGUGGCAUUGUCCCCAGCGACAAGGGCCGCCCGGCAAGUGCUGGUGCGACCCUAAGCAAUCCUUCGACCCGGAUCCGUACGCAUGCAUGAAUGAGUGGUGGCGAGUCAAACCAAACGCGGACAAGUACGUAAACGCUCAGAUUCGAGAUGCCAUCACCUGAGCAGGACCGCAGUGUAUUCCAGUGAAACCGCGACCAUGUAUCCAUGUAUAGCACGCAGAAUACCCAUCACGAUUGCAUCUGUCAUUUUCUGCGGGUUUUCAUAGCUUUGAGCGCACGUUGAGAGCCGAAUAAGUGCCAAUAAGGAGCAGUAGCAGCUUGAUGAGUCCGCUGCCUCUGAUGGUGCGCACCAGCUUCGACAAGAAAGUGGGCGCAACGUAGGCAGGCCCGGCGCCGUUCGUGCCGAUUGGGCGAGGACGUUCAUAAGUGAGUGACUUUGCGGUGAAAGUGCGCAGCAUGCCGAGAUUGGACGACGUGUAUGGCGGAUAGCGUGCAGCAAUGAGCGCUUCGAACCAACCAGGCACAGAGGCAUAGGCUCGCUCGUGUGUGAAGCAGUCAAAGGAGGCCUUGCCGUGAUAAUUGCCCGUGCCGCUCGCGCCAGUGCCGCCAAAG